AAUCGACGUGCGCGCCGCCGAUUUCCUCCCGCGACCGUUAGCUGGGGUGGUUGCGGUGGUACCAAAGAGGAGAACAAAUCUGAACGACUGUGCCGGGUGAUGUGAAAAGUCACAGAACCACACCAAAACCUGGGUUCCUGUCGCAAGUCUACGCCUGUCAAGGGAAUGAUAGCCACCAUUCGUCACAGGGUAGGUGAUGGCCACAUCUAAUCAGUGAGCGAGAUUUGCACGAUUGUGAAAACUUGUGCAGCCUUGGCCAAGCAACUGAUAGACAACAGGAUCUCUAUCUCACCUCCGUCCCUGUGGCACUCUUCUUGCCACUGCUGAGUAUCUGAAGGGAAAAAGAAAAUCUCACUGAGGGAUCAGACUGUUUCCUGCCACAAAGACUCUUUCAACACAUCACCUAGCCUUCACCUCCCCAAGAGGGAGCGAACAGCAGCCACCAUGGUGCUGUCACAGAGACAAAGAGAUGAACUAAACCGGGCUAUAGCAGACUAUCUACGCUCAAAUGGAUAUGAGGAGGCCUAUUCCACCUUCAAGAAAGAGGCAGAGUUAGAUAUGAAUGAUGAGGUAGACAAAAAGUAUGCAGGACUUUUGGAAAAGAAAUGGACCUCAGUCAUCAGAUUACAGAAGAAGGUAAUGGAGCUUGAGUCGAAACUGAAUGAGGCAAAGGAGGAGAUUACACACGGAGGACCCAUAGGUCAGAAGAGGGACCCCAAGGAGUGGAUUCCCCGUCCCCCAGAGAGAUACGCCCUGAGUGGACACCGCGCUCCAGUCACACGUGUCAUAUUCCAUCCAGUUUUCUCUGUCAUGGUCACAGCCUCUGAGGAUGCUACCAUUAAGGUGUGGGACUAUGAGGCAGGAGACUUUGAGAGAACCCUAAAGGGCCACACAGACUCUGUGCAAGACAUCUCCUUUGACCAGACAGGAAAACUGCUGGCUUCAUGUUCAGCAGACAUGAGCAUAAAACUUUGGGACUUUCAGGGGUUUGAGUGCAUUCGAACAAUGCAUGGCCACGACCACAAUGUGUCAUCUGUAGCCAUCAUGCCUAAUGGUGACCAUAUAGUGUCUGCCUCCAGAGACAAGACCAUCAAAAUGUGGGAGGUGGCCACUGGAUACUGUGUGAAGACCUUCACGGGCCACAGGGAGUGGGUGAGGAUGGUGCGCCCAAACCAGGAUGGCUCGCUGAUCGCAAGCUGCUCAAACGACCAGACUGUGCGUGUUUGGGUUGUGGCAUCGAAGGAGUGCAAAGCUGAGUUGCGGGAGCAUGAACAUGUGGUGGAGUGCAUUGCUUGGGCCCCUGACAACGCUCACCCCACCAUCCUAGAAGCCACAGGCUCAGAGAGCAAGAAAAGUGGAAAGCCAGGUCCUUUCCUUCUGUCUGGGUCCAGAGAUAAAACCAUUAAGAUGUGGGAUGUCAGCAUUGGCAUCUGCCUCAUGACUCUGGUGGGACAUGAUAACUGGGUGCGUGGGGUGUUGUUUCAUCCUGGAGGACGGUUCAUAGUGAGCUGUGCAGAUGAUAAAACCAUUAGGAUCUGGGACUACAAGAACAAGCGCUGCAUGAAGACCCUGUGUGCCCAUGAACAUUUUGUUACCUCUCUGGAUUUCCACAAGACUGCUCCCUAUGUGGUGACAGGCAGUGUCGAUCAGACAGUCAAAGUCUGGGAGUGCCGCUGAGACUGCUAUCAUUUGUUUUGCCCAGCUCCCCAACCUUCUCUCACCCACCACUACUAACUUCAAAAACAGCUCUAAAGCCCUGCACCUCCGCCUCCCCUCCUGUCCCAACACCCCCCAUCCCCACCCCUUGCACUCCAAACCAUAGUUGACCAUGCGCUUUACCUUCUCCCGUCCUUGCUCCUCACCUACAUCAGUCGAACCCUAUUAAGAUGACUAUUGUCCUUUUAUGUAAAUUAUUCUGGAUGUAGGGUACGCUUAAUAAAUGUCACGCAAUCUCUGACACAUAAACACACUGAAGAUGAAAGUAUUCCUUGCAUGGUGAAUCAAACAAAAAAUGAUAUACUGUUAAAUUUGCCGAAUUUGCAUACUGUUGUCAUGACUUGAGGGUAAAUAUCCCUGUGUGCUGGCGCAGGUGGAUUCUGGUUAACUGACACUGCACGAAAACCAGUGGCACCCCUCGUUGAUGGGGUUUAGGUUUUGUGUUUAGUUUUACUUCAUGCCUCCGUUGUUGUCUGUCACUGCGUGGAUGGUGAUCCAGAAGACGCGAGGGAAGUGAACGACUGAGCGAGCGGAAAGGAGAAAAAUGAAGCAGGAAACGCUCCCUCGUUGAAUCACUUGAGGUUCUGUGGGCGAGUGCACAUGUACAUGUGUGUAAACACAUGUGAGUGUGUGUGUGUAUUUGUAUGUCCUGACAGGAGAAUCCGUCCCCCUCCUCUGCUCUGAUGGUCAGAGGAGAGCGAGGGGGCAAAGCUUCUCACCCAAUGUUUUCAUUCAUACUACUUCAUCUCUUUAACAAUCUAGUUGACACUCACAGGACCUUAAUGAUCCCGAAGCUGCUGAGAGCACAGGCACAUGUCCCCAUAGCAAAAGUGUGUUUUACAGAGGAAAAAACCUGCUCACCUUUUUAUGAGGUUUGUGUGUUUGUAUGUUGCCCAAGAAUCGCCCAGUGCCCUCUUGCUCACUAUUUCUGCCUUUUUAACCCACUGAGGACUCCCUCACUUGGGAUUUUCAUUCUGCUUUCUGUGGUCUCACUGCUCUAUUCACACACACACGCACGCACGCACGCACACACACACUCACCAGUGCACAUACACGCACAGUAAAAGUUGUGUAUCAAUAUAUCUGGAUGUCAUUGUUUGCAACAUAAAGAAAUAAAAUUCUGUAAAUAUAAA